ACCACUCAGCAGAUCCACUGACCUUUAACACGCUGCAGCUUGUCCUAUUUUUCUGCCCGACAUACCCCCACAGCGAAAAAAAAAUAGGAGUCACGACGAAUCUUUUGAAAUGGAUUCGCUGCACACAUCUGCAUCUGCACGUAGUAAUCGUGCCCCAAGGAGAUGGUCCAUGCACGCAGUCGCCAGCGUUACGAGUACGGCGGCAGAAGCCCAGAACGCACGCUCGCCCCGUCGACAUGGCCGUCUCGCCUCUUGCUCUCCUGCUCCUCCUCCUCGCCUUCGCCGUAUCUCUCCUGUACAUCCUCCGUAGGCCCGCCCCUCUGCGCAGCGGCAGCGAUGGAGGACGGAGGCAUCCUCCGCCGUCGCCGCGCGGCCUCCCGCUGCUCGGCCACCUACAUCUCCUCGGCUCGUUGCCGCACCGGGCCCUGCGGUCCCUGGCCGCCGCGCACGGCCCGGUCCUGCUGCUCCGGCUCGGCCGCGUGCCCGCCGUGGUCGUGUCCUCGCCGGCCGCCGCGGAGGAGGUGAUGAAGGCCCGCGACCUGGCCUUCGCGAGCCGGCCCCGCAGCGCCAUGGCCGACCGGCUCCUCUACGGGCGCGACGUAGCGUUCGCGCCCUACGGCGAGUACUGGCGCCAGGCGCGCCGCGUGUGCGUGGUCCACCUCCUCAGCCCGCUCCGCAUCCUCUCCUUCCGCGGCGUCCGGGAAGAGGAGGCCGCCGCGCUGGUCGAGCGCGUCCGCGGAGCGGGGGCGGGCGGCGCCGUCGUGGACCUGUGUGAGCUCCUCGUCGCCUACGCCAAUACGGUGGUCUCGCGCGCCGCGUUCGGGGACGACAGCGCGCGCGGCCUGUACGAGGAAGGCAACAAGGGACGCGAGCUGAGGAAGGUGUUCAACGACUUCCAGGAGCUGCUCGGCACGGCGCCUGUGGGGGAGCUCUUGCCGUGGCUGGGGUGGUUGGACGCCGUGAGGGGGAUGGAGGGGAAGAUCAGACGGACGUUCAAGGCGCUCGACGGUGUGCUCGAGAAGGUGAUCGACGACCACCGCCGCCGGCGUCAAGCCGGCCAGCAGACGGGAGAUGACGGCGGCGAUCACAGGGAUUUCGUGGACGUGUUGUUGGACGUGAACGAGACCGACAAUGACGCUGGCAUGCGGCUCAACACGACCGAAAUCAAGGCCAUCAUCUUGGACAUGUUCGCGGCGGGCACGGACACCACAAGCACGGCAAUGGAGUGGGCCAUGGCGGAGCUCAUCACGAAUCCGGACAGCAUGCGCAAGCUCCAGGACGAGAUCAGGGCGGCCGUCGGUGGCUCCGUGCACGUCAUCACCGAGGACCACCUCCACAAGCUGCACUACCUCAAGGCCGUGGUAAAGGAGACGCUACGCCUGCACCCACCGAUCCCGCUCCUCGUGCCCCGAGAGCCGCAAAACGACGCCGAGAUACUCGGCCACCACGUCCCGGCGGGCACGCGGGUCGUCAUCAACGCGUGGGCCGUCGGCCGGGACCCGGCGGCGUGGGAGCGCGCCGAGGAGUUCGCGCCUGAGAGGUUUCUCGACGGCGCGGUGGACUACAAGGGGCAGGACUUCCAGCUGAUACCGUUCGGUGCUGGGCGGAGGGGGUGCCCCGGGGUCGGAUUCGCCGCGCCGACCAUUGAGAUGGCGCUGGCGAGCUUGAUGUACCAUUUCGACUGGGAGCCGGCUGGCGGGGCGUCGCUGGACAUGCGCGAGGUGAACGGGCUCGCCGUGCGGCUCAAGUCCGGCCUGCCGCUUGUCGCUAAACCGCGGUUUCGUUAGAUAAACUUGUUGCUAUGUUGGUUUUUACUCCUAUGCCGCAAGAAGAAACGGGAGCUAGUGUUGAAAAUCUGUAAAAAGUAUUGUAGUGUUUGCUUCAAAGCCUAACCGAAUCUUGCAUGGAUCUCA